GCCGCCGCUCGGCUCCAUCGUCAUACAUAUAUAUAUAUAUAUAUAUCUGCGUUUGUUAGUUCUUCCCCGCUGAGGAGGACAGCCCUCUUUACAAUUCUUUCUCCAACUUCUCCCUCUUGCUUCGCAGUGAUGGUGCGGGAAACAAAUAAAGGAGGGAGAGAACUUUAACUCGAAACAAGCAGCAAACCAGUGACACGGAUAAAGACAAAGUACACAUGGAUUUGAUUAACCCUUCUCGAAGCAUUGAGCAGAAGUCAAGGAAAUUCCUGAAAAGUCUGACUCGCAAAGAACCUUCUGAAUUGCUGUUGGUGAUUGGAACUGGAGUGAGUGCUGCUGUUGCUCCACAUAUACCUGCGCUCUGUUCAUGGCGAAGCUGCAUUGAAGCUGUAAUUAACGCAGCUGAGGAUCUGGAGGUUCUCCAUCCGUCCGAUAUUGGGGAGUUCCGUCAAAAAGUAACCGAAGAUCGGGAUCUGCUUGUACUUGCCCAUGAUAUAAUACGGAAAAUGUCACCAAGAACUGGAGAUACAAAGCCAAAUUUCUUCCAGGAUUGUUUGAUGGAGGUGUUUGAUAAUCUUCACAGUCAAAUUCAAAAUCCCAUGCUCUUUGAUGCCAUUCUCCAGCUUAUGGAUCAGGGAACAAUGGUUCUCACCACAAACUAUGAUAACUUGCUUGAGAUUUUUGGUCAACAACAAGGCAAACCUAUGGAAUCUAUAGAUCUUAAGUGCAAAGAAAAGGUAGUUCAAUGGGCAAGAGGUUUACAAAAGUACAGUGUCCUUCACAUUCACGGACUUUUUACAGAUCCCUGUGGCCUGGUAUUGGACCCAUCAGGAUACAAGGAUGUAAUGCACGAUCAAGAUUUAAUGGAAGAAUUUCAAGAACUGUAUCGUAUCAAGUCCUUUGUAUUUUUGGGCUGUGGAGAAACUCUGCGGGAUCAGAUCUUCCAGGCACUGUUUCUGUAUUCUGUUCAGGACAAAGUAGAUUUGGAACACUUCAUGUUGGUCCGAAAGGAUAGCCAUGAUCAUUUCUACAAAUUGCAAGCAGAAAUGCUGUUGCAUGGCAUUAAAAUAGUGUCUUAUGGCGACUGCUUUGAAUAUAUGCCUCAAUAUUUCCGAGAUUUGGUUGCCCAAAUUUGCAGACGGAGAAGCCCAGCUGAUCUGCAGCAAGAUGGUGUGCAAGACACAUCAGGUGGUGAUAGUUCCGCUGCAGAUAGUACAAAUCUAUCUAUCGGAACAGCAUGUUCAGACUGUGUAAAGCGGAAACAAGACGAAAAUGGUGAUGUAACUGAAAAAAGGAUCCGGAAAGGAAAUGAUACAGAUUUUGGAGGAUCAUAAAUUGCUAUAAAGCACCUUCACCGAAGUGCCAAAUCUUAUUCCAUGAUGUUGAAUGCAUCACAAAGUGUCUGUGAACCUUUAUUUGGAGGGUAACUUUUUCUGCAGAAUGAGAACAGUACUUUGUCACUGUUGAGCAGUUGUUACUAUCAUUAAAUACAAAUCACUGGAAUUUUUGCCUUUGUGAACGUAACUAUUUAUUGUGAUGCCUCUGGGCACGAAGUCUGGAUAUUGUAACUAUCUUACCACAUGGAAAACAUCUAGCUAUUGGUUACGUUUUUUUACUUUUAUGUUUUUAUUAAAUGGCUAUUGAAAAUGUGUAAAUGUUGGAUAAUUUGUUUGUUGUUAUAACUCCUGUUUAACUUGAGCUGAAAUAAUUGAAAUAUCAGAAUUUACCUACAGAGUCUGUGUUUGCAAACAAGGCGGAAGACCACCUGACCUAUUUGGAUUGCGUAUUUCAUAUUACAAAAUAGAAAUGGAUAUAAUGAAGAUAUUUUAACAUCCUGUCCUGCUUGUAAAUGGGAAGCUGAUAAUAUGGGCAAUGGCUUUGCAAAUUGUGCAUGAAAAUUACCAGCUCUGGUUUGGUGCUCCUUGGUUUUUUAAAUAUUGUACACUAUUUUAAUGAAGACAAAUGACUGCUGGGUGUCUUUCAAUGGGGAUAGAGGAGGGAAGAGGGGCAGGUAGGAAUAACUGCAUUUUCAAAAUGCAUUUUACAACUUCAGUACGUACCAUUUAAAGCAGUCACCUUGUUACAAAUUCCACCCUAAUUUCUGUAACAUAGAUGCUGACAAAAGCAACUGUGUUUAUGAAAGACAUUUAAUUUACACCUUAGCAUUCAUAGUUUGCAGAUGAAAGUAGUUAGAUUUGGAGUACAAAGUUUAAAAUGUAAUCAUAUUUCUCUCAAAUAAGGGAUGAAGUGCAGGUUGUGACUAGCCAGGUAAGUCGUGAAGGUGCAUUUUUUUAUUCGGUAAGAUAUUUAUCGAUAAGUUAUAUUUAAGGAACCCAAUGUUUUGACAAAUACUGACAAAGUUGGAUUCAGAAUGACAGGAAUGGACAGAAUAGAAGAGAGAAAAUAAGGGAAUACUUGUGAGGAUGAUAUUUUUAUGCCUCGGAGCAUGUGUUGUAAUGUUCUUUGUCUAAGAAAUGUGCUGAAAGAAGCUGAUGUUGCUGUUUAACAUGAAUUGCCUUUGAAAAUGGAGAAUAUCCUAAUUAAUGUCAAUAUGAAAGGAUAUUUGCUUGGCCUUUUAAGUGGAUGUAUCUUUUCUUGAGAGAACAAUAUAAGGUUCAAUAAAUAUUGGUUGUGAAGAUAAUGCAGAAUCAUGGAAGGCAUCUUGGAUAACAAGUGGGAAAUAAUCAUAGUUUUGGGGACGAAUUGUGAGAAGCUGAUGUGAGGAUAGAAUCUUGUUGUUGAAACCUUUUGGAUGAAGGAAAGGGUGACCAGCUGUUAUGACAAAUAGGAUAGUAUGUUCAAUUGCAAAUGCAAUUUGUAAAAAGUUACGACUACAGGUGCUGUCUGUACAGAGUUUGUACAUGCUCCCUGUGAUCAGUAUGGGUUUUUUCCAGAACAUUUGGUAUCCUCCCACACUCCAAAGACAUAUGGGUUUGUAGGUUAAUUGGCUUGGUAUAAUUGUAAAUUGACCCGAGUGUGUGAUAGUGUAAGUGUGCAGGGAUCACUGGUCGGGCACAAACUCGGUGGGCCAAAGGGCCUGUUUCCGCUCUUAUCUAUAACCUAAAAUGUUCUUGACGUGGGGUUGAUUGGGUGUUGAAGAUGAGUUACGUGAAAAGUUGGGGGAGAGGGUAAUGAUUGGACUGGAGGGUAUAAAUGGGUGAUUGGAGCAAGCGGUCAGGGAGCUAUGUGGAUUUGAGGAUGGUGGUCAGAAAACCAGGGGGCACUGACAUCAAAAGUGAGGGUGAUAUGAAGUGGUGUUUGCAUGUGAUCAGGAACUGAGUGGAAAUCAUGCUGGAAAGAGAUGGAUAGCGUAGUCUCUGUCAACAGUCCAGUAAGGUCAGGUCUUAAAUUGAAAUCUUGAUUUGCUAAUAUGAGGCUCAUAUGGGCAGUAGGGUUUUGCUUAAAUGAUAAUCAAAAUGAGCAUGCACACUAUUUGUUGUUAUUCACACCCCAGUCUGUUUAUUUGCAACAUAAUUUAAAUAAUCUGGAUCUCUUUUCAAGUGCUUUAUUAUUGCAAACAGUAAAUUCCAAUAAACAUAUGUUAAACCAC